AUUGAGCUAUGGGUGUGGUCAGUAGAAAACCUUAGAGGAUGACUUCUCCAAGCCCCCCGAUCCACUUCGACUCCAUGCCUUCGUGCUGUUUUGUCUGUCGGCUGAAAAGAAAGAGAUGCGUUCAGCUCCCAAAUCACUUAUCCUGUACCGCAUGUCAACGUUUGCGCGUUGAGUGCAUGUCCUGCAUAAUCAAAAUUCCCAAUGCGGUCAGAGAAUCGACCGAGGCUCGGGAGUGUCUGGAGGAGGCCAACGCUCUGGCUUCCGGUGACCCUGGGCGUGUUGAGAUAGGCCCCUAUUUUCUGUGUGUCGUCGUCCCAUGCAGGACUCAUUCCACCUCAAUAGCACCGCUCCCAAAGACGCGACAAUUUCUUUCAAAUUUACAAUCGAACCUCAGGGAUACAGCAACUCUGCCUCUAGCUGACCUGAGGAUCCCUGCAACGACCUCAAUCUUUUCCCCAACGGCUGUUCCGCCAAACGGAACUCAUGAAUGGGAAAACCGAGUAGAUACUGUUUCAGCCUUUGGGGUGUCCGCCGCGGUUCUGCCGAUAAAUGAUCUUGGAUACAUGCCACCCAUUAAUUCAGAGGCCUCAUCCUCUAUCUUGGGUUCAUCUGGAUAUGUCAGAACCGUCGAUGAAGCGAACCUCUUGCAUGUUGGUUCCCUCCCGUAUCCUGCCCACAUCCCCAAUCCUGAAGCAACCAUUCCACUGAAUGGUGCCAUCUGCUCUGACUUGGCGCCCCAGCCAACAACUCCCAACCACGAGACAGUAUCUUAUGGCGAGAAUUGGAAUCUUCCUCAGAUGUCGGACAACUCACAUAUCGCUGUCAACUAUGGAAGCGCUGGACUUUCUACAGUGCCCUACCCACAAUUAGAUGCCUCUUUGCAUGAAACUCGUGCCGAAACUUUGGGCAAUGGUGCGAAUUGGGAUCAGGAUGCCGUGGACUGGCUUAGGGGAUUGGCUUGGAGUAUGGGAUAUCACCUCGUCCCUCGCCGCGCUGUCAUUUCCAGUGGCGGGGCCCUAGUGUAAGAGUUCCGUUUCAUGGCUUUUUUUUUGGGUGUAGGUGUCUUUCUUCUCUCUGCUUGAUCUAGUGUGUCCAUAAAUCGUUGAUGUGGGCCAGCUGAUUCUAUGUGCGUCCUUGCCUGUGUCAUUAUCGACUUCGGUGUUUGGAGAUUCUAUGCCACAUGGAAUUUUUGAGUGCUUGUACAGUAAAAUUUGUGAGCUUGUGUUCCUUCAUGACUUGGUCUUAGGCGAUCGAAGCGCUGUUCUUGACGUAGCUUAAUUCAUUUCACCGAGGAAAAAAUAGCGAGUAUUCAUG